AUGAUUUGCUCUAAACUUACGGCAACUCUCCCACACGACCGCUAUGGGAUUGUUGUGUCUAUGCCUCAACCAAAUAUCCUAGAAGAUUUGGUCUGCCCUUACGCUAACGCUAAAGAAAAGAAUAUUAGCGUACAUCGACGAGAUCCACUAGUUAGUACCGCAAUUCUGCAUCAAACAGUCGAGAAACUGCUAGAGGUCGGCUCAUUAGCUUUAACAAACACCAUUUCGUUCUUUAUGAAUUUUCAAAAGCAAAAACAAUUUUUUCUGACCUACCGGCUCAGCUUACGCCGUCAACGAGAGAAGCGAUGGCAGCAGCUAGAGAAGGAAGUAGAGAAAAUCGCAGCAUCAAUGACAACAUCCAAAGACCAGAAUCAAGAGCAACUACCAAAAGAAAAUGCUGAUAAAGCCGCUGUGGAAGAGCAGAUGAAUGAAUUAGGGACAAAUUAG